AUGGAAGCUAUGCUUAUUCACUCUCCCCUUGCUUCCCACAGCUUCACUUCCACCGCCACAGGAGUCAAUAUUCAUGUUUAUUUCCAAGACAGGCGGGGCAAUAUUGAAAUAGCCUCUUAUAAUCCAAAAUCCGGCUGGACCACUGGCAGCAAGGGAAGCCCUGGGAAGGCUCAUUUGAACAAUGGAAUUGCAGUCACGGGAUGGAAUAAUGGGAAUGAGGUACUCGAGCUAUCCACAGCCUACAGUUCCAUAGUGAGAUACUAGCAUAACUUAGGAACGCGUCUACUUCAUUGGGGAGGGUGACAAGAUUGUUGAGGUAUUUCGCCGCCUGGCGGUUCAAAAUCUUAUUUAUUUAACUGACCAAUAUCUCUUGUUCAGCGCUGCUACAGCAAGGGGAAGGAAGGAUGGUAUGAGGGUGUCCUUACCGGAAUGGUCACUACGGCCCACUAUUCCAGCCUUUCCGCCAUACGUUUGGAUGUCCGUGGCACCGGGUUUAUCCGUGUCUACUACCAAGACAAAGACAAUGCCAUCCGUGAGGUUUGUAAAGAUGGCGUAGGGAAGUGGUUCUACGGCCAUAAGUUCCCCCCCGCAAUACAGGGCACCAGCAUUUCUUGUUCGCAAAUUCCCGGCAAAGGAUUUUACCAUUGGCUCUUCUACCAAAAACCCGAUACCACUUUCGUUGAGCACCUAAUGCGAGAGGGCAGCCAGUGGAAAGAGGGUAAGUUUCCCACAAUCCCAAGAGCAGCACCCCUAGUGCCUUUUCUAAAUUUUAUCCCUCACCAAAGGCCCCUUCAAGUCUGACAGAGUGUAUGGCCCUGGAGCGUACAUCGCUUGCGUAUCGUAUGGCGAGGACAACCACCACGUCUUCACCAUUGACAGUGGCAACCGGCUUUGCUUGACCGAGUUCAACACUGGCAGCCAGUCCUGGUAUGUGACGGGGACACUCACGGAUGCCAUACCGUCCUCCCCCGUCGCAGCUAUCCCGGUUGCCAGCUUUACCUCUCGUAUCAGAAUUUACUUCCAGACCCGCGGGGACCAAAUCGCAGAGUGGGGUACCAACGAUGGAACGAAGUACAGGGUGGAACGAUACCAUCUCCCAAUUGCUACACCAACUGCUAUAUCUCGUAGUGCAGUCUGA